CCUGUCGCGAAGUAACCCGUUCUCUACAAGAUAUAAAUAAGGAUCCAUUUUGCACUCAUCUUUUAAAAAUUCAGUUUUUUAAGCCUUAUUUUUAAAUUUUAUUGAUAAUAAAAGUUUUAUACAAAGUUUUCACAGAUUUAUUCUGUCUUAUUCUUUUGUUAUCUUUGUCUUAUCAACAGCUCUCUAGAAAACUGCCAAAAUCAAUGUAUGCAUCAAAUCUUCGGUGGACGACCUUUCACCUCAAACAAAGUAAUAUUGCAUCUAACAAAUUUACCUAACAUAAAAGAUCGUAUCUCAAUAUUCCAAGUACAAUUUCUUUUCAGAUCCUCCUUUCUACCAAACGAUGCAUUAUUGACGAAAUUGCUAUCAUACAUACAUAGAUUAUCUCAAACUAAACCGAAAUGGUCCCAACUAUCCAAAUCUCCUCUAUGGAUAUCAGUUUGCAAUGAAAAUCUUAACACUACGUCUGAUAAGGAUUUUAGUAGAAAACGAAAAGGAUUCCUACUUGACAACUACCACUCAAAAUUACAAAAACAUUCGAAACUUCUAUCCCAUUGUCGUAAUAAUCUGAUUGUCGACCCUAUUCUUACGAUACCAAUGACAAGAAGUGAACGGUUUCGUUGCGUGCGAUGGCGACUUGGUUGGUUACCUCUUGGUAAACCCAAAGCCUGCCCCUUCCAUCCAAAUGAACUCUUCACACGCUCACAUAGUUUUUCUUGUUUGCAUAUGCAUAACCGCCUUCAGAUACCCCAAAUCUAUUGA